GCCCGGAUGUGGCCGGCGCCGGAAGAGAAGCGGGUCUCUUCGGGGCCGGCCAUCUUGUGCGGCAGCGAGCAGGGCGCGGGGGGCCCGGCAGCAUCGGAGGAGGAUCCCGCCGACGGGGGCCCAUCAUGCCCGGUCACCUGCAGGAGGGCUUCGGCUGCGUCGUCACCAACCGCUUCGACCAGCUCUUUGAUGACGAGUCCGACCCCUUCGAGGUGCUGAGGGCGGCCGAGACCCGGAGGAAAGAGAGCGGCGGCGGCGGCGGGAGCCAGGGGGGCGGCGGGGCCCGCGGAGGCCCGGCGGGCGCCCAGACCAACUCCUCCGGCGGGGCUGGCGGCGGCGGCAGAGGGGCCCGGCUCCACUGCACCUUCAGUCCUUUUCUCUCUGCUGAAACUGCUGGAGGAAGACUGAGGCGGCGGUGGCGGCGGGAAGGCCCCGGGCAGGGCCCAGGCGGCGGCGGCGGCCCCGGGCCUCGCAACCACGUGUGGGAGCGCAUGGCGGGAGGAGGCCCCGGGAGGCGGCGGAGCUCCGGGAGGAGCGGCCACACGUGUCCCCGCCGCCCGGGCCGCUCAAAAUGGAGUCGGGCCUACCCGGGGGGGAUAAGACGUAUCGGCAGGAGGCCCGACCAGCAGCAGCAGCAGCAGCAGGGAGAGGGGAAGCCUAUUGACAGGAGACCGGAGAGACGACCUCCUCGGGAGCGCCGCUUCGAGAAACCUGCCGAUGAGAAGGGCGAAGGAGGAGAAUUUUCUGUUGAUAAACCCAUUCUUGACCGACCUAUGCGUGGACGUGGUGGACUUGGACGAGGCCGUGGCCGUGGGCGUGGAAUGGGCAGAGGAGAUGGCUUUGACUCCCGUGGCAAACGCGAAUUUGACAGACACAGCGGCAGCGAUAGAUCUUCUGUUUCACAUUCACAUUUCAGCGGCCUAAAGCAUGAGGACAAGCGCGGUGGCAGUGGAUCACACAACUGGGGAACCGUCAAAGACGAGCUAACUGAGUUGGAUCAGUCUGCUGUAACUGAGGAAACGCCAGAGGGAGAGGAACAUCCGCCUGCUGAUUCGGAAAACAAAGAGAAUGAGGUUGAAGAAGUUAAGGAAGAAGGCCCUAAGGAAAUGACCCUGGACGAGUGGAAAGCUAUUCAGAGUAAGGAUCGUGCAAAAGUGGAGUUCAACAUCCGUAAACCAAAUGAGGGUGCUGACGGGCAGUGGAAAAAAGGAUUUGUUCUUCACAAGUCAAAGAGUGAGGAGACAAAGGCGAUGACAGAAAUGCAGGGGAGUCUGCUGGAGUCAAAUGAGGCUCACGCUGAGGACUCGGUAAUGGAUCAUCACUUCCGCAAACCAGCAAAUGAUAUUACAUCCCAGCUGGAGAUCAACUUUGGAGACCUCGGCCGCCCCGGACGCGGUGGCAGAGGGGGACGGGGUGGCCGAGGACGUGGUGGCAGGGCCAGCCGUGGAGGCAGAACUGACAAGUUGGUUAAGGAGUUUGACGUGAUCCACACACCCAACCAGUCAAGUGCUUCUGCUCCUGAUGUAGAUGACCCAGAGGCUUUCCCAGCUCUGUCCUAAACUGGAUGUCAUAAGCCAACCCUGCCCUCGUCGGGCCUUCCUCUCCGAGGCUUGCAUGCUUAAGGAUCCUAAACAACUAAGAAAUUUAAAAAAAAAAAAAAAAAAAAAAAAAAAAAAAAAAAAAAAAAAAAAAAAAAAAAAAAAAAAGAAAAAAAGAGACUGUCAUUCAUACCAUUCACACCUAAAGACUGAAUUUUAUCUGUUUUGAAAAUGAACUUCUCUCGCUACACAGAAGCAACAAUAUGGUAGUCAGUUUUGUAUUUAGAAAUGUAAUGGUAGCAGGGAUGUUUUCAUAAUUUUUUCAGAGAUUAUGCAUUCUUCAUGGAUACUUUUUUGUAUUGCUGCUUGAAAAUAUGCGUUUCCAAACUUGAAAUAUAGGUGUGAACAGUGUGUACCAGUUAAAAGCUUUCACUUCAUUUGUGUUUUAUUUUGUUUUGGUUUUUUUUUUAAUUCAGGAUUUUAGACGUUUCCUCCCUCCCCACCACCCGAACUACAAACUGGGUUUUAAUUAUUGCACACUCUUUCCUUAAUUCCUGUUUAGCAGAUUUUUAUCAGCCCGUGGUCUUUUGAAAUAUGUGAAGUUUGAAUUUGGCAGACUGUUAGUGCUGUAUGGAAUACUAACUCCUGGAGUAUUUUAGUUUUAAUGCCUAAUUUCAAACUUGGAAAAAACAGUCAUUUUUCAUCUAUGUUUGGUAGUUUGUUUACGCAAAAAACCUUUCUAGAAAAUUGAUGCCAGAUACUUGAAAAAAAAAAAAGAUAGAAAGCACAUUGGUUUCUAGUUAAAUACCUGUGUAUUGGUCCAGCGAUGGUGUGGGGAUAAUUGGUCUGAGCAGUUCUUAAAAAUUACUGUAUUACACCUUCCACUCACCCUUUAUAUCUUUAUUCCCUUACAUGGAACAAGAUGCUUUGUUGGCAAAAAAAAAAAAAGAGAUUUUUAAAUUACUAACACUUUUCUUCGAGAGGGUACCCUGUAGGUCGGAGUAACUUUUCCCUUUGGAACUGGGAGGCUGGGGAAGGCAGGAGCUGCCGCUGCGGAGUCCGGCUGGACUCCGGCUGGGAUUUGGGAUGGAGCAGCACAGUCUGACACACGGAGCAUCAUUCCCCACGUAUCCCCCAGCACUUGCUCCGUCCGGCAGCAAAAUCCCUGGGCUCUGGCAGGAGGGAGUGUUGGCUUUUCCAUUUUGAGACGGGGACGUCGCAGUCUGCGCGGUACCACAGAAACCCCAACACUCAAACCUCUCCCUCAGAGUUUUCUUCUGGAUUUGGGUGGAGUUGGAGACCCCAUUUGCUGACAAAUGAAUGUUUUUUUCAGGGCGUGAUUGUAAGAAACCCUUUUUUACCCCUGUAAGGUUUAAUUUAAUCCCUGUGAGCAGCAGGAUUUACCACUUCCAGGACACAAAAGAAGUUGAGAGAAUGACAAAUAAAGAAGGUUUCUUAGGGUUUUUAUCGGCAGCAUUUGUUAGGAGACUAGAAACAGGUUUUUCAUUUUAUUUAAUGUUUUACACUUUGGACAGCUUAUAACAUAUUUGUAGUUUCUUAACUAGGUAGAUAGAAAACAAAAGGUAACGCCCUAUUUUUUUAAAAGCUGUACAGGACAGGCAAAAAGUGUGGGAGACCUUUGAAUAAGAGAUACCAGAUUCCUUAACCUGUGGUGUUUAGCUGGCUUGCUUCAUCGGAACUAUUUUCUACAAAAGUUGGGGUUGUUUUUGUUGUAAAACCACUGUUAAUAUCAUCGGGUUAGACUUUUUUUGGUGCGCUCACCUCGAGUUGGAAAGUUCCAGGCUGGGAGAAGGAGGCGAGUUUUCAAAGAGUUGGAUGGCAAAACCUCUUGGGUCGUUUCUGCGGACUCUGGGCAGAUCUUCCCCAGGGUGUGGGGGCUGUCGAAGGUCCAAGAGGUCUUCCUCUUCCCUCUCCCUUUUGUGGUUUGGUCAACUCUGUUGCAGUUCUAGCUUUAGGGACACCUUAAAUAAUACCAUUGAAGAAACACCUAGAUAUGCAGAAACACACGGAAAAGCUUUCUCUGCAAAAUAAACCUUCCUCCCCCUAUCCCACUCAGCUCUUUUUUUUCCAGAUGACUUUUGGGGCCCUGCUGUAGCUGGGUUUGGUCGGAAGCUUUCCCUUCUCCUGCUGUAGAGCGUUGGAGCAGUUUCCCCAAGGGGGCAGGUCACAAUUUUUCCAGCCACCUUUGUACUCGCCAUUGGUCCCUCUGCUCUUCCCAUAGAUGUAAAUCUGCCUCUUUCGGUCCCUUUGUGUCAAGAACUAAAAUCUGUCAACGUCUGGUCUUGAAAUACUGGUGGGUGUUAACUGAAAUAAAGGUUUAUUUUCAUGCUCUUUUAAAAAAUGUGAUGAAAACACACGGAGGUGAAACCACUUAGAUAAUAAAUAGCAUCUCAUCUAGGUUCUGCCCCAGGAGGUCCGGUCUGCCCACGCGUUUCCAUCGCCAGGAUCGGACUUUGCUUUGGGAAAAACCCCUCCAAAUAGCUUAAUUACAAUUAAUGACCUUGCUCAUUAGUAACAUUAGCCGUCCUCUCACUUGUUACUUGUGCUGUCACGCCAAAUCCGGAGGACGAGACCUUUUAAAAUCUGAUCAAUUUGGGAAAAAAAAAAAGACGGUCAGCAGAAAACGCGGGAGAGAAAUUGGCUUUUGGGAUAUAACGAUGGGCAGGUUUGAGCAUGAAAGUUCAUCUUUUGGAUCGAAUGAUGCCGGGAAAGGAGGGAAAGGACAGAAAUUCAUCUGAAAACAUCAGAAGUGGGUGUGAAUGUUGUGGUUGCGGUCGGAGGAGCUGAGACCACUCUUACCUGUAACGACUCUUUGCCUGUGGAGAUGGGUUUGCGUCGCCGCGCCUCUUGUUUUAAUAAACGCAGGACAUAUGCCUAAA